GAACGCCAUUUGCAUGGAGUCCUGAACUAUGAAUGAGAGUCAGUGGACGACACUGCUCCAAGGCAUGUUGUUUGUGCCUUCGGAUACACAAGCGAACCCGACACCGGCGGAGGAAGAAAGGAGCAACCUGGCUAACCUGAUGUUGAAUAUGAUGCGAGCGAUCAUGUGGAACAAUAUGAUGUUAAUGGUGCAAAUACACGAGGGCAGACAACUGCGACAGAUUCAGCAGAAUGAUUCUGCAACCUUAACAGUUGCUGUUCGCGCUGCCGCCACACAUCAGCAACAACAGCAACAACUGUUGAGCACCACCAUCGCACGCGUCAACGGCAUCGAGGCUACGGCCUCAGCAGCACCAGGCUGCUCGACGGACGCGACGAAGCAGCUCAACGAGCGCAUCGAUCACGUCGUCACUAUCAUUGGCGAACUAGGUGAUUUCACUAGUCCGACCACGAUCAGCAGCACGGUGGCCGCCAUCAAGACGAGCAUCACCAACCUGCAGACAAGACCGGACGCCGUUACAAAGAAUUACAAGAUGCCGCACUUCGACAUCAACAAGUUCGACGACUGCAACAAGUCGGACGCCUUGACAUGGUGGCAACGUUUCCUCACGGAAGCAUCUUGCCGCACUUUCCCGGUUGACGACAUGAUGAAGGCGCUCUACUUACAGCUGAUUGGAGGAGCGCAGACUUGGAUGAACCAUCUGGCGGCUAUCAAGAAAUGCACCAUCGCCGAACUCCACACGCACAUCCCGUGGAAGGAGUUCGAGAAGCUAUUGUUUACUCGGUUCAUGGUCCGCAACGUCGUGAAGGCGGCCAUGAACGAGGUGUACACCUGCUCUCAAGGGAAUAUGCCAACUCGAGACUGGACAACCAAGUGGCAAAAGAUAGUGACCACGCCAGGCUUCGAUUUGAGUUUUACCAAUCAACGAUCCGAGUUCUUCUCGCGAUCAUGCGCAGGACUGCGAACCGCACUCAACAACGAUUAUGAUUACGCCUCAUUCCAGGCUAUCCUGGAUCGUGCGAACUUGGUCAUCUAAACGGAUGACAAGGCCGCAAACGAACGGCAGUCCUAGCCGCAUUAUGUGGCUAA